AUGGCACUCUCACUGUGUUCCGGUGUACGCGUUCCUUAUUGUGCUCCUUCGUGUUUCUGGAAACCAAAUGGUAAGAGUUGCAAAGCGCCUACUAAGGUGCCUUCUGCAGUUCACAGUGAUAAUAAGAAUCCUUUGGUUGGAAUGGGUAUUGGGUUAGUAACAGCUUGGGUGAUGGGUUUAACGGCGUUGGACGCGGACGCUACUAGAAUCGAAUACUACGCCACCGUUGGAGAGCCUUUGUGUGAGUACAAGUAUGUGAAGUCUGGCCUCGGCUACUGUGAUAUUGUCGAGGGCUUCGGUGACGAAGCUCCAAUCGGUGAGCUUAUCAAUGUUCACUAUACUGCGAGAUUCGCUGAUGGGAUAGUGUUUGAUAGCAGCUACAAACGUGGUAGAUCUCUCACCAUGCGCAUUGGUGUUGGCAAGGUAAUCAAGGGACUGGAUCAGGGAAUUUCAGGGGGUGAAGGAGUACCUCCAAUGCGGAUAGGUGGGAAACGCAAACUGCAGAUUCCUCCGUACUUAGCAUAUGGCCCUGAACCUGUGGGGUGCUUCUCAGGUGACUGCAACAUACCCGCCAAUGCCACUCUUCUGUAUGAUGUUAAAUUUGUUGAGGUUUAUUCGGGGAACAGAUCAAAAUGA